AUGGCUCCCAAGGAAGCGUCCAAGAAGCCCACCACUGGCGGCAAAGCCCCAGCUGGCAAGGCCCCCGCUGUUGAGAAGAAGGAAGCCGGCAAGAAGACGGCAGCAGCUCCCUCAGGCGAGAAGAAGAAGCGCGGCAAGACGAGGAAGGAGACCUACUCCUCAUACAUCUACAAAGUCCUCAAGCAAGUCCACCCCGACACUGGUAUCUCCAACCGUGCCAUGUCAAUCCUGAACUCAUUCGUCAACGAUAUCUUCGAGCGCGUCGCCACCGAAGCCUCCAAGCUUGCUGCCUACAACAAGAAAUCGACAAUCUCAUCCCGAGAGAUCCAGACCUCAGUCAGACUCAUCCUGCCUGGUGAACUUGCGAAGCACGCCGUGUCUGAAGGCACAAAGGCUGUCACCAAGUAUUCUUCUCAGAGCAAGUAG